GUGAAAAGAAGGGCCCCUCAGAUGCCGCGGCUACUAGAGAAACUAGGGAGAACUCUAGAUACUUAACGGCUCUGAGAAAUACCCACAAAAAGCCGCAAGUUUCAGACAGAACAGAGCCGUUCCCUAAAUCCCCCUGCCCUAGACGCUAAAAGCAAGAUUCAAUUUUAAUAAAACUCAGGCUAUUCAGGAUAUGAGUGAAAGAUGGGGCCGUUUUACCAGACAAGGAAGGGAUGCGGAUGGAAUGUCAGAAGGCCAAAAUGAACAUGCUAAGGCUUCUUUAGACACAGACACUGCUCGUAACGCUAAUUUGAGAAUGAAAACUGUUUCCUUGUAAGUGUAUCUGGGGGCUCCGAGUUGGUUUUACAUGUACACCGACCAGCAUGCCUUGGUUGGGAUACAUAUUUUUAGGGAGUAUAACGCUGUUCAGACUGAAAAAAAACUGGCUUGUGGUACGUGGACAAUGUCUUGUGUUCGAGAAACGUGAACGUUGCGACCUGAGAGUUCCAACGGACGUUGGUCAGGUCCGUUGAGGAGUGAAAAAGUCAGGCUGCACUUAGUGGGCUGGAGCGUGGUGUGCAAGGGCUACUUGUAUCUACCAAACCCGCUACUCAGCAAGUAGCUGAUUGGGAGAGUAAGUAUUAUAUGCCGUUGGACUGUACCUGUCAAAAGACUAUGGAAUCUGAAAAUAUGGACUCUGAAAAUGCAGAAGCUGAAAACAUGGAAACCGAAAAUAUGGAAUCCGAAAAUAUGGAAAUUGAGACCAUUUCUUCGGUUUCGGCUCUGCAGGCUCUCUCUAAAUUACUUUAUCCUGAGGAGGAUGACUUUGAGUUCGGACAGUCAAACAGUUCAUCCGCGAUUGGAGCCAUGGGUCCUGGGAAUAUUGGACCACCAAAAAGAGAAGAGCUUAAAUUCAUCCCUCAAACAGGUGAUGAAAAUACCAAGGACAUCUGGAAUCCAGAGGAGGUUCCAGAGGGAGCAGAGCACCAUGAUACGUGGGAUGAUAGAGAAACACCAGAAUACGAAAUUGUAUUCAAACAGCAUGUGGGAACAGAAGAUAUGUUCCUGGGAUUGACCAGAAAGGAUCCUUCAACAGCAUGUUGUAAGGAUCUAGUGGUUAAAAUUAAACUGCCAAAUACAAACCCUUCUGAAAUUAAAAUUGACAUUCAGGAAAUGAUCCUUGACCUCCGUACUCCUAAUAAAAAGCUGUUGGUAACCCUUCCCCAUCCUGUGGAAUGCAGCAGUGCCAAAGCUUACUAUAUCCUUGAAACUGAGACUCUCGAAGUCACUGUAACUAUGAAACGAGAACUGGAUUUUGUUAAUUUCUUCUGAAACUGCAUGAAUAAGGAGGAAAAGUGGUAAAACAGCACAAAAAAAAUAAACACUUUGAAAAAAUUGGUUAAUAUUUUCUAUCUUCUCUUUAUUAUUCUGAAAUAGUACAGAUAGGGCCUUAAUUCAAUUUUUUUGAUACUCUGAUCAUUCAUAGUUACUUCUAUUACUCUAAUAGGAAAUACUGUUUUCUCAUACUAAUGUUAUUCCAUUUUUAUAGUGAUAGCUGGAUAGAAUUUACAGGUUAACCACUUAGAUUACUACAUGGUCAAUUAAAUAAAUGAAAUAUGACCAUGAAAUUGUCAGUCUACUUAUUUCAGUAGUCUGAAGAACUUAAGCCAAUUGAUUAUACCACGAUACAAUCAGUUGCAUAGCAAUUGGCCAUUAUCAUCACUAGAAAAGUUUAUUUGGUUUGCUUUUUUGUUGAUUUAAUCACAUGAUUUCAAGUGCUCUCUGUUUAGGCUCUCACUAUUGUUCUGGAAUAUACAAAUAACAAAGGAUUACAAAGAGUUUGAUGUGCCAUGCUAACAACAUGCUUUAUUGAAUAAGAAAGACUCUUGAGCAGUGUUAUUCAGCUUCCUCAGUCCUGCUCUCAGUGUUUGGCUCUAUUUAGAUUAAAAUUAUUUUUCCCUUUGUGCACUAAUAAUUAUUAACAAUGCUUUGUUGAGUACUGUGUUUAUACUUAGUAAUUGAAUCCCUUGACAUUUAAAAGUAAUAUAAAGUGUGGUGCAGUUACAAAUCCCGUUCUCUCAUUUCUUAUAUUUAUUCUUAAUUGGACAUACUUAUUUUUAUGAAUUAUGCCAAUGUACCCUACCUCCUCUGUAUUGUAUUGCAUAAGUUUAUUUUAGAAUUAUUUAUGAAUAAAUUAUAUUUUAA